AGGGUUGAGGGCGGGUUAACAUCUGACUUCCGUGUUGUACACCAAUCACACGCUUCCUCUUCCAACAAUUCUGACUAAUAGGAGCCUCUUGUGUGCAGCAUUCCGACCAAUCGUGUUCGUGAAGGGCAGCUUUUUGAAAACGUUGGCGGCAGACGACGUUCAAAAUAGUAGCGCUGGGCUUUCUUUACUAAAAACGUGAUACUACACUUCUUCACAACGAUGCAGAAUAAGGAAAAUUAUGAGCCCAGGGGUAUCCAGCGAUCGCAAUUGGCAACCCCAAGCAUGGUGGCAGGCCCACAGCGUGUUCAGGUGAAGCCACGACCAGAAAUGGAAAAAAAUGCCAUCACAGGGGGAGAAUGUGUUGGCUCAUCCUCCAGUGCUGCCUCAAAGAAAAUCUCCAUCGAUGACUUUGACAUCGGUCGGCCACUAGGGAAGGGCAAAUUUGGUAAUGUCUACCUUGCCAGGGUGAAGCAGCUGGAUGCCAUUGUCGCGCUGAAGGUGUUGUUCAAGUCCCAGAUGGAGAAGGAGGGUGUCGAGCAUCAACUCAGGAGGGAGAUUGAGAUUCAGGCACAUCUCAAACACCCCAACAUUCUGCGCUUCUACAAUUAUUUCCAUGACCGAAAGAGGGUCUUUCUGGUGCUUGAGUACGCCCCACGCGGUGAAAUGUACAAGGAGCUCCAGAGAUGUGGAAGAUUUGACGACCAGCGUACUGCGACAUACAUGGAGGAGAUAUCUGAUGCUCUGAUUUAUUGCCAUGAGAAGAAAGUCAUUCAUCGGGACAUCAAGCCAGAGAAUCUGCUCCUCGGCUAUCGCGGAGAGCUGAAAAUUGCAGAUUUUGGUUGGUCCGUCCAUGCACCGUCUCUAAGACGUCGUACAUUGUGCGGGACGCUGGACUACCUCCCUCCAGAGAUGAUUGAGGGCCACACCCACAGUGAGAAGGUGGACCUGUGGUGCAUCGGGGUCCUCUGCUUCGAGUGCUUGCAAGGCAACCCACCUUUUGAAACUGCCAGCCAUGCAGACACAUACAAAAGAAUAACGAAGGUGGAUUUGAAGUUCCCCACAAACAUCUCAGAUGGUGCACGGGACCUGAUCACCAAGCUGCUACGCCACAGCCCUGUCGAUCGGCUCUCACUACAGAGCGUCAUUGAUCACCCGUGGGUGCGCAACAACUCCCGCCGAGUCCUACCCCCCAUCUGCCCUGCCAAGAAAUGCUGAGCUCCUGCCUGCCUCCCACUGAGGGGUGUUUUAUCUGUCUUUCACAACAGACUUUGGGCCAGCAUAUUUUUGGUUUCACUGCAAUGGGCUUCAAACUGCCAUUCUGGGACAUUUUUAUGAUGCGUAUAAAUGCGUACCCAUUUUUAUAUUGUACAGUGUGAUGUCCUUAUCUAUAUCUAGUAUGUUGUCUAGAGGUGUUUUGUGUUUUUAUUGCCAUUUCUUCUGACACUUUUUGUUGUUGCUAAUGGACACAGCUCUAUUGUGAAUUUCUGUAUCUGACGGUGUUACCAAAGUACUACUGUUGGACUGAUUUAAUGCUGUCUGUUCUUAAAUAGUUUAAGUUGAGAUGAUUCAGGGUUGUAGUCGAAAGCAUUUUUUUAUUUUCCCUCAUGCUCUACUUUAAAUUUCUAAUAAAUAUUAUAAAGUCA